AUGUAUAGUCAUCGCAAAAAAUCCCCGAUGCCUAAACUUGAUAUCAAUGUUUGGCUCACAGCUGGUGAACUUCAAAAUUUAAAAAACCCUAAGCUUUUAUAUGAUUAUGAAACUGAUGAAGAUAUACCUGAAGGGGACGAUAUUGAAUUAUAUGGUAAACUUGGAUUUGAAUAUAAAUGGCUGGUACCAGGCAAAAUUCCAAUAAAAUCACAUCCAAUAAAACUUGCAUCAAACCAACAAAAGCACUGGACGAAAUUCAAAGAGCUUUAUAAACAGUUACCGCGUCCAAGAAUUGAGACCUAUGGAAUAAUUGAACACUCUACUGAAAGUCUUGGAGAUGAUCCUUUGAAUGAUUCCGAUAUUGAUGAAAUAGUGGAAAGAUUUAAAAAAGAUCCAGUUGUAAAAUUUCCAAAAGUGCAUAUCCCUAAUGAAGACGCUAGUCCACAAAGGAUGGAGCCAGCUCAAUUAAUAUCUACACCUUCUUCUGUAUGUAUAUCAGGGACAUUAUCAGUAAUGAAAUUUUUAGAUGGUGUGACGGAUUCAAUCGUUAUUGACACUUCUGAAGAAUUAAAUAGUCUGGCUUUAAUAACGCAAUCCUCAGGAUAUUUGUUUAGCAUUUUGCCAAACGCAAAAGUGGAAAAAAAUUUAGUUCUACAAUACUGGAAUCUUGCAGUUCCAGGAAAAUGGGAAAUUAUUAAAGGUUAUGAUGAAUCAAAUUUUGUUGUAAUCAAUUAUAAGGAAGGAAUAUGUAAAUUUUUCAAAUUUUAUAACCCAUUAUAUUUUAAAUUGGUGAAUAGUCUGAAUUUGAAGAAGACUACAAUAUUAGGAAGUUCUUUCUUGUAUACAAAUAAACCGGAUGAAUUUUUAUUAUUUGUUGCCACAAUUCAUUAUGAUAGAUUAGUCUUUCUAUGUAUUGAGUGGGAUACUGAGAACGAAAAACAGAAAAGAGUUCAUACAUUAACGCAUUGCAAUGGUGAUAAUUUUAAUAAUUGUGUGCCAAUCGGCCUCCAAAGAAUAUUAAUAUUUACUAAUAAUGGAAUAUCCCUUAAAUCUGCAGAUCAGCUAAUGUCAGGAAAUACAAGUUCAGGGAAACUCUAUAAAUAUCGUUCACUAAAGGGCAUACUAUCUUAUUUUAGAGCACCUAUAUUAUUGGAAAAGCUGAAAAAAGUAAAACCUGAAGUUUUUAAUAAAUAUACAGACUGUUCUAUCAUAUCAACUACAACUGGGAAUGUUGCAUUUUGUGUUAUUGACGAUAACGAGAAUGUGAAUUUUUUUAGUUUAACUAGAUUUAAAGGCCUAAAAUCAAUAGCACCAGUACUGGUACAACCAGCAGAUAUGACCGAAUAUUAUAUGGUUGUAAUCAGCUUUGGUCGCACAUUAGAACUUUCCUUAAAUCUUACCACAGUAGAGGAACUUCAUCCUAUUCAUAAUAUCCCGCCCCUUCGUGGAAUUAUUUUUAAGCACACAAUUGAUUCAGGUAGCGAAGAAAAUACUAAGAUUGUUACAUUAAGAGAUUCAGAAAAAGUAAUUGAUCAUAAAUAUAAUGUUUGGCUAGCUUCUCAGGCAGCCUUAACUGAGCUUUCCCCAUAUGUUCCUACUCAAAAAUCGCAUCUGCUCUGUGAAUCGAACCAAUUGCAAUUAUUCAGUAGGAUCGAUGUUAAAACUUUCAUAGAAUUACCUAAGAAGUUGUUGGACUAUUUUUCGAAAGAUUUUGAACCUGGUUCAGAUAUUUCUAAUAUUUAUUUAAUGUUAGCUGUUGAUCCUUUAAUGUUUUCAAGCAUAUUUAUUUUAAACUUAAAUGAUUCGCUCUCUGAAUUAACAAAAGUUGAUGAUAUGUUUAAUGAAACAUCAUGUAAUCCUUUAGGGUUUAUCUAUAAUAAAUCUUAUUUAAUUCAGAUUACCAAAUAUAGUCUCAGGUUCCAUAUGCUAAACAGUGAUAAUACUGUAGAAAUUAGCAAAUUAGAGUCAGAAAUUGAUGGAUUCUAUCAAUAUCAAAGUUAUCUCAUUUUGUGGAAUAACAAAUCUGGGCUUCUGUUUUAUACAAAUAAUAUUGAGUCUCUAAACCCAACCUCAGUAUUACAAAAGACUAAUAUAUUCAGUGCAUAUGCUAUCGCUCACACUCGUUUUUCACCUAAUCUGACAUACCUCUUUUUUAAUAUUGAAUCGAAUAGGGGUGAAAUUUUAAUUAAUGCAUUUUUCUGUGAUAGAAAUCUUCAACUAAGUUGGAAGAAUAUGAUUUUACCUCAAUACAGGUCUAUUAAUUUAAAUAAUAUGCAAUCAAUAGACAGAAUAGCAGAAGUACUACUGGGGCCACGGACUAAUUGGAGAAACCAUGGGUAUAGAGAAAAUUCAGACCCUAUUCCAAGUAAUUUUUCAUUUUUGAAUGGGGCUGAUUCUAUUAUUCAAACAGAGCAUGAUAUGAGAUGUAGAUAUGUUUCACCUACGUUUCUUGUCUAUUACGAUGCGCGUACUAUUUCUGUUAUAGAAAACAUUGGCGAAGAAUUUAUUAUUAUUAUUCAAGAAUAUUCAGUGAUCAUUCCAGCAGAAUUACAGAAAUCAAGUAUUUUAGAUAUUAGAAUGGACCCAAAGAAAGGCUUGUUGUUUGUCUUAUUUUCUGAUAAAUUCUGUGUUUUGGAAUUGUCACAUAAAUCCUAUAAUAGAUCGAAUUAUCUUUUAAAGUCUACUAGAAGUGUUAAUAAGAAAUUUUUAUAUCUUCCUAAAAUUAAUAGAAUGUUAAUAUUAAGCAUCGAUAAUAAGGAAUGGGAUUGUAUGAAGCUUUUAGAUGGUAAAAUGUUAAGCUUAAAUCCAUCAGUUUUAAAUAUGAUCACAAAUCAAAAAUUAAAAAAUAUUGUAGAAAUUCCAAACUCAUCUAAUACCAAUUUAUUAUUAUUAUUAUAUGAAUCUAUUAUUCAUUUAGUAGGUAUCAUUCCAAAAAAGGGUAAGUUAACUGUGGAAUCCUUUUCUAAAUAUGAUUUUGAAAGUGAUAUAAGUGACAAGGUUAUUGUUACCAAAGAAGGAUAUUUUUAUAUUCUUGUUAAUGGUGAUAGCGAACAUAAUACUACGGAUGAUAAUUCAGAUAAAAUAGUAUUAUUGAAUAUACGAAAUAAUCAAAUUAAUAAACAUAAAGAAUUAAUAUUCGACGGUGGAAGUAGUAUUACAGAACUCGAUUUUUGUGAUGAUCAUCUUAUUGUUACUAUUAAUAAAUAUCCUAAAGUGUACAUAUUUGAAAAAUUUGAUAGCAUGGUUGAUGAUGAUUCACUAAAAAUGAUAGAGCUAAUCAAGCCUGAAAAUAGCUACAUCUCAAAAAUUUUAACUUUGAGUAAGAAUUGUUUUAUUGUUGUCACAGUAUGUGUUGAUCGUUCGAGUUAUAACGCUGAAAUUUUAUUCUAUGAUCGAAGAGAAAUUGUUAAAAAAUUGAAACAAGGAGGGUUUACAGUUAAAUUUACCUCAGACAAUGAUCAUAUGAAUAUAUUUGAAAUUUAUAAUCUUGAAAGGGGGGAUGAAGAAUUGGACAUGCCAAACUAUGUGAGAAAUGAUAUUCGUUCAAUGAGAAGAGGUGGUACAGAUAUUCUAUUCAGUACUGAUAUGAAUGAAGAGCCAUAUAUUGGCUAUUUAUCUGAUAUGACUGAAUAUGAUGCAGAAGCCACUGAUAGAGAACCAAGAAGAGUGGUACAGCGUUUUGCACAACCACAAAUAAACGGAGCAGAAACAGCAGUUGUUGAUCAUCCAUCAAAUUUACCAGUUUCUGAAGCAGGUAUACAAGAUUUGAUCAAUACGGCAUUUUUGUCAAGAAAUUCGCCUGUUAGCACCGAACAUGUUGAUAUGGAUGAUGGUUAUGAUGAUAGUGAUGAAGAAUAUCAUCAUCGCAAUCAUGAACAUUUACAAGAUGGAGAUAACAACUUAGAUCAAGGAAUGAGAGUUCCAGAAAUGGCUAGGCUCCGAAUGCAUAAUAACCUAUCAGGAAGAAUGGAUGAAAACUUACAAAUUCUUUUAAGCAGACAAUUACCAGAUCUCUUAGAUGAGUCUUUGCCUUCCGAAUUUCGACAAUCCCUCAUUCAGAUGGUACAAAAUCAAUUAGGUCCAGAAGGGAUUGCACAUGUGAAUGCACUCCCUACCACUAAUAAUGUGUCUAAUGCUUUCCAAUUUGGGCCUACAUCCGUACCUGAUCUAGCUCGACCCGGAUCAGAUACUGAGUCGCCAAACCAUUCAGAGACUGACAGUUGUGAACCUCGUGCUAUGAAACAAGUUGCCUCUACUGAGCCUUUUACUUCCCUGAAAUUACCUUACGCUGUAAAGGAUGUAGAAUACAAUCCAAAGAAUCACACUUUAUAUAUCCUCAUGGAAGACCAGUCUGUAAUGAUGUUAACUGCCAGAGGAGAGCCAGAUUACACAAAUUGUAAGUAUCAGUUCCCCAAGCCUAUUCCAUUUAACAAUGGAGGCAGAAUCACUGAAGGUGGUCCAUGGGAAAUAGAUCACCGUGGGACACUCUCUAAGACAGAAGUAUGGUAG